UCUUGAAAUCUAUGUCUGGCGAUCUUUCAUACAAGUAUUCCACCAACCUGACGGUGUACACGGGACCCAGCGGCCAGAACAAGUACUCAUACAAUGAUUGGCUGUCUAGUGGAGAGAAGAAGAAUGUGACCUUCGACGAUGACAAUAACGUCUACAUUGUUGCAGAGCCUUCAAGUUCUUAUAAUAGUUUUGCUAUCUAUCUCAAGGCUUCUAAAUCGGCUUCCUCUUCAUCUUCUUCAGAUGAUUCUGGAUCAAGCUCCGGUACAGUCUGGCUUGUGCUAGGGAUCAUCUUUGGAAUUUGAUUCCUUGUUUGCAGUGUUGGAACGACCUGGUUGAUUUGUGCAAUGUGAUGCGGUGGAAGCAAAGGAUCUGUUCAUACUCCUAACAAAGUUAAUCCUGUUCAGUAUCCUUCAAACGUAAACAGUAUUGAGCCGAGCAUCAACAACACCCAGAUGAUCAUUCCAACAAUGUAUCAGUAUACAGAUCAGCAACUAGCUCAAAUGCAACCUGGCCCUGGGGUCACCACCUACCAAAACACCUAUACGAAUAACUCCUUACCUCCUAUUCCUGAGCAGCAGAAAAUUGGGAGCUCUUCCAUUGUUACAAGCGCUAUACCUUCCGGAACCCCAGUCUAUCCCGGCCCUCCAAACAACCCAGUCAACCUUGGCGCCCCAUCCCUAUCCGCAGAGGAACAAAAAGUAGCUCUCUAAUCACUAAAAUUCCCUCAAAAUCCUCUCCUACCCC